CAGACGCGUUAUGGACAGUCAGAUAGCGCACUAGGAGGAAAUUCACCCACCGCUUCUGAGACCAGCACAUUUUCUUUGGGAUAUACCGAUCGCAGAGCCUCUUGACGAGCUUUUUUUUUUUAUUUUUCCCCGACGGGGCGAACAUGGCGACGCUGGGACCGGAGCCCCGUCCUCAUUCCCAGCUGCCCUCUGCCGCAUUACAGACGAACCUGAGCGGACUGGGCUCCAAUACGAACCUGCCUCUCAACCGGGGUUUGGAGAGAGCUCUGGAGGAUGCGGCGAACUCCGGAUUUCUGAAUCUCAGCACAAGAAAACUGAAAGAAUUUCCCCGGACAGCAGCUAAUUACGACCUAACGGAUACGGUGGAAGCAGAUCUGUCGAAGAAUCGUUUGAUGGACAUCCCGUCAGAGGUGUGUCAUCUGGUCUCUCUAGAAACGCUGAACCUUUAUCACAACUGCAUCAAAAGCAUUCCCGAUACCAUCAUCAGCCUUCAGUCCCUGACCUGCUUAAACAUCAGCCGGAACCAGCUGUCGGUGCUGCCAGCGUGUGUGUGUGGUCUUCCUCUACGAGUGCUCAACGCCAGCAAUAACAAACUCAACGCACUUCCAGAAAGCAUUGGCCAGCUCACCAAUCUCAUGGAGCUGGAUGUAAGCUGUAAUGAAAUCACAGCUCUUCCACGUCACACUGGCCAGCUCAAAGCUCUGAGGGAACUCAACGUGCACCGAAACCUUCUCUGUGUCCUUCCAGAGGAUUUGGCAGAUUUACCCCUGGUCAAGUUUGAUUUCUCCUGUAAUAAGGUCUCUACUAUUCCUGUCUGUUAUCGAAAUAUGACCCAGCUCCAAACACUACAGCUGGAGAACAAUCCACUUCAGAGUCCUCCUGCACAGAUAUGCAUGAAGGGCAAGAUUCAUAUAUUUAAAUACCUCGCCAUGGAGGCAUGUCGUAGUGACAAGAUGGUCGAUGCCCUGUACCUUCCUGUCACACACCGCCUCAGCUUGACACGACCCACGAAUGGGAGCACUGAGGACAUUGAUCAGCACAAAAAACUUGACAGUGACUCUGGGGUGGGCAGUGACAAUGGAGACAAACGCCUUUCUGCUACAGAGCCAUCAGAUGAAGACAGCCUCAGCUUGAAUGUGCCCAUGACCAACAUCACAGAGGAGGAGGGCUUGAGCAAAGACGACUCCAGCGAACACAUCAGCGCUCUGACAGGAGACAGAAGUUCAUCGGAAUCUCUCAAGGAGCAUCUAAGUUAUCGAGACUCUACCCUCAGCUCACCGUUCGUCAACUAUAUCAAAGCUCGAGGUGCGGAUUUCGAUGAGCCCCUCAGGAUAGAGGAAGACAACAACUGGACUUCAGAACAAACGUCAAAGGUUAACAUGAUCAAUCAGUUAAAGGAAGCAGUGGAGAUGCUACAGGAUCCUAACAGGGUUAACAUGAACUCAACUGAUCUCUCUGGUAUUAAGCUCUAUCCUGUGGAAAUGGCUACAGUAGAUGAGUCACUCAAUGGCCAAGAGAGUGACGAGGGUCAGGCGACACCUAAGGCGGCUCCUGGAGAAUGCUGGGAGUUCCAGAGGAAGAGACAGUACAUUCUAGAACGGGCCCGGCUCGAGGCCCAGCUCGCAUGUCAACAGUAUGCCCUGCACCUGGCACAACAGGGUGACGUGAUUGGCCAGGAAGGAUCAGGUGAUAGUUGUGAGAACCAAGUUACCAAGAGUGAAGACAAAAACCCAGUUUCCAGCCCCACACUGAGCUCCCCUCCUUUUGGUCUGAAGCCCAGAUCAGCUUCACCCUCUGUGCCGUGCUCGACUCCGCCCUGUCCCCUCCCCCUUACACAGGCCUCGCCCACUGGUAGAGACACGCCCCCUAGCCCAGCUGAAGGAGACAUGCCAAGCAGUGUGUUUUUCAGGACGCACAAGACUCUGGAAUCAGUGGAUCCUCAGUUCACCAUGAGGAGGAAGAUGGAGCAGCUCAGAGAGGAGCUGGAGCUCAUAGAGCAACUACGAGAGAGUAUUGAGAGCAGACUGAAAGUAGUUCUUCCUGAAGAUCUGGGCUCUUCUCUCAUGGAUGGGGUCGUGCUUUGUCACCUAGUCAAUCACAUCCGGCCGCGUUCAGUAGCCAGUAUCCAUGUCCCAUCCCCUGCAGUGCCCAAGCUUAGCAUGGCUAAAUGUCGCAGAAAUGUGGAAAGCUUUUUGGACGCCUGCAGGAAAAUGGGAGUCCCUGAGUCCUCUCUCUGUACGGCUUAUGACGUUCUGCAGUUUAACCUGCGUCCGCUCUGGGCCGUGGUCGCAGCCUUGCUCAUGGUGGAGAGCACAGGAACAAGGCAGAAGGAAAGAAAGGUGGAGAGUGGCAGGGAGAAAGAGACAGAGGUCAAGAAGCUUAUCCCCGAGUCCACUCAGACUCCGCCCCCUUCCUGGCAAAUAUGGGAUCUGAUUGGCUCAAGUCUGCUUCACGUUUUCUGUCUGGUGAUGCUGUUUGUGGCCUACAGCUGGAGUGAAUUGAAAUAACAUACAUGACCUAAAAACACACAAGUAACACAUUAUAUCAUUUAAUGGUCCUUGAAAGCACUUUGAACAGUUGGCUUCACUUAAAGGAAUAGUUCACCCAAAAAUGGAAAUUCUGUCAUCAUGUAUUCAAGUUUUUUUUUUUUUUUUGGAUGGAUAGUUUCAUAUGUUUGACCAACCCUUACAUCUUGACCUGGCUGUGAUGGAAACCAUACUUAACUGAGGAGCCCCGACACAUGACAUUCAAGAUAAAAAAAAUAAAUUGUGCACACAAUUUACUCAUUCGUUCCCUCUAUGUCCUAAAACGUGCGCACAAAUUACUCAUUCGUUCCCUCUAUGUUCUAAAACAUGCGCACGAUUUACUCAUUCGUUCCCUCGAUGUCCUAAAACGUGAGCACGAAUUACUCAUUCGUUCCCUCUAUGUCCUAAAACAUGCGCACGAUUUACUCAUUCGUUCCCUCGAUGUCCUAAAACGUGAGCACGAAUUACUCAUUCAUUCCCUCGAUGUCCUAAAACAUGCGCACGAUUUACUCAUUCGUUCCCUCGAUGUCCAAAAACGUCCGCACUCCCUCUAUGUCCUAAAACAUGCGCACGAUUUACUCAUUCGUUCCCUCGAUGUCCUAAAACGUGCGCACGAUUUACUCAUUCGUUCCCUCAAUGUCCUAAAACGUGCGCACGAUUUACUCAUUCGUUCCCUCCAUGUCCUAAAAUGUAUGCACGAUUUACUCAUUCGUUCCCUCAAUGUCCUAAAACGUGCACACAAUUUACUCAUUCGUUCCCUCGAUGUCCUAAAACGUGCGCACGAUUUACUCAUUCGUUCCCUCCAUGUCCUAAAAUGUAUGCACGAUUUACUCAUUUGUUCCCUCAAUGUCCUAAAACGUGCGCACAAUUUACUAAUUCGUUCCCUCUAUGUCCUAAAACAUGCGCACGAUUUACUCAUUCGUUUUCUUGAUGUCCUAAAACAUGCGCACGAUUUACUCAUUCGUUUUCUUGAUGUCCUAAAACGUGCACACGAUUACUAAUUCAUUCUCUCAAAUUAUAAAUCCUGUACACGAUUUAGCAAAUCGAGGGAACAAAUUUGUAAAUCAUGCGGACAAUUUAUAAAUCAAGAUAACGAAAUAGGAAAUCGUGCGCACAAUUUAGCCUUCUUUUUUUCCAGCAUGCCAUGUGCUGGGCUCCGUACGUAACACCAAACAUGCAGCAUUUUUGUUAGAACAACAUGUUCUCCAUGAAGAGAUGUUUUCAUGUUUGAGUAAGUGUUAUUUAUUAGUUGGUGAAUAACAUAUUUAUAAGUCCUUGCAAAAUGCUAAGGAAACCUUCUUUAAACAGACUUUUUGCAAACAUUUACGCAGGAGGUGCACUGAGCACUUUAAUAAGGAAUGACGUAUGGCCACGUUCUCACUCACUUCCACCUCUGUACAAAACUUGUUUCAGAAACUUCAAUUUCAGCCGUCAUAAUGCUGAAUUCUGUUGGAUAUUUCACAUAUAAACAAUCUAAGUGGUAUAUUUAUUAGCAUCUGCAUGACAAAACAAAAAUAAUCCAAACAGAUAUGGAGGUCUUGUCUCAUGCCAGUCAUGCCAGUGCUCAGCAAUAUAUCUACAGGAAUCAAGUGCACAUUUGGUCUGCUUCACAGAAACAAUUUACAGAUAAUAAAUCAGGACACUUUUGUUAGUAAAGUCCCAGAUGUCAUUAAAGCAAAAUUAUAGCUUUUCUUUGCACUGAAGUCUUGUAUGGUGAGGUUAAACUUAUAAUUAAAAACAUUUAAUCAUUCGCAUAAGGGCUAAUUUAUCUGUUGGAUGUAAAAGCAGCUGCUUUUGGUUAAGAGUGUUUUUAAGAGCAUGAUGUGUUGUUUAUUAAAUAUCCUGCAUAGUCAUUGUAAAUUAUUACAUUGUUACUUUACCCAAAACGCCAUCUAUAAGAUGAAAUAGACUAAUUAAUUCUUGGUUUAAUUUCCUGUUCAUUAGUAAGACAGAAUGACAAACCAAAUCAAUUUUUUUAUUAAUUUAAUAAGCCACAGUCCACAGCGAUGUGACUAAUCUAAAUCGAACAAUGAGGAAUAAAAGCAUUGGAGGAUAAAAUCUAAUUCAUGUAUUCUAUCAGUGAUCUGUAAUAGCGGCUGAGGUGGAUUUUUAAAUUAUGAAGUAUCAGAUUAACGCAAUUUUAAUAAUUGAGUUAUCAGUGUAGUGGCUGCAUGUAUUUUACAUGCUGUGAAGGUCUGUAUGCAAGGCGUCUCUAGAACAGAGUCUCUUCUAGUUGUUCCUGUGGCUCAGUGGUAGAGCACUGCAUUAGAAAAAGGAUGUGGGUUCAGUUCCCAGGGAACAUUCAUAGUGAUUUAAAAAAUAAAAAUAUAUAUCCUGAAAUGCACUGUAAGUUGCUUUGGAUAAAAGAGUCUGCUUAAAUGUAAUUGGAUCUUCUGGUCCUAUUUUAGGUGCUGAUCUUUAGCUCACAUAAUACAAUGACCUUGUUUAUCUAAUCACAGAUAAAAUAAAUCUUUAAAGGGAGCCGUUAGUAAAUGAGCAGACAGAAAGUGAUGUCACUGAGGCCUCUUGACAUCACUUCCUCAAACUACAGAAUACUUUGAACUUUAUCGGAAUGAUCACAGCAGUUAUAAUUGGCAUUGCUUUCAUCAUCCAGUUGGACAAAAAUAAAUGCAAUAUUGACUAUUCGGGACUUUUUGUUCGUUAUCAUUUCCCAGUUAUUUCCUCCUUUGUGAAAAUGCUGCAAGAUGCAAAAAGUAUUUGUAUUGCUUAAAUUAGAUUGCGUUACGGUUCAGCUGCUUCUCUCUCAAUAGUGUUCAGUGCUGCUGUGCUGCUGCUAGUGGACUUUGUAAGGCUUUCUGGUUUUUAUUACCCUGUAUAUGUCAAGGAAUAAAUGUACAGUUUGGGUUGUUUUCUCAUCUUUGUGUUUCUUUGAGACUCUUUUUGUACUUAAAAAUACAGUUCAAAAUGUUUGGGUUCAGCAUUUUUUUUUUUAUUAUUUGGUUGUUAGCAUGACUGAUAUCACGUUUGUCAUCAGUGCUAAACAAAGGUGAGUCUCUUAGUUCCACUAACUGUAUUCAGUAACAAGAACAUUCAGUUUCAUGUGAUUGUGUGUAAUAAAUUCUGUUUUACAUCACUGGGUCUCUUUCUUCUCUGACAUGACACUUUGUUUGUCCUCUUUGUGAAUCUCUUUUCCCAGGAUAAGUUAUGUCUGCCACAUCAUAUUCUGGAGGAAAAGGGCCUGAUUAAAGUUGGCAUCACUGUCCAAGCUUUGCUGGAUGAGACUUCGGCCAGUGAGACAGUCAUCACAUGAGUCUCACUGACACACACACACACACACACACACUAACACCGCCAGACGAUCUUCGAGAAAUUCCCUGGACCGUGUCCAUUUCUUUCUAAUAGAACAGGUGAUCCUCAGCUUUCAGGUAUAUGCUCAUGUUUUCCUCACUUUCUUUACUUUCUUAUUUAGUACUGUAAUCUGAUCACUGUUGCCCAGGCCAUAGUCGUAUAAGCAAAAUCAGCUCAAACUAGCUUGAGAUAAGAAAUUGCUUUAUUUAAAAUACAUUUAUUUAUUAAACAGUUAGUUGAGCUAUAUUCAGAAUUGUGCACAAUUCCUGAUGGUUUUUAUAUAUACAUCUACCUAUAUGAUAUUUGUGUUGGGCCUUUAGUGAUCUAGAUUUAAAACACUCCUCCUCCCAGAGUCCUUCGAGUAUGUUUUUGGAGCCACUUUUGAACUUGUUUUUGGGAGACGCUGAUGUUUAGUCUCAGGGGAGGUGUGGCCUCACUAUAGUUUCUAACAGUCUCUUCUGUCGGUCAGGUAUGAUUUCACUAAAAGAGUAUGUUUUUGAGUUUGCAGACAGUAGAACACCGUACCUGACAUUAGUUUUUGUUUUUUUUUGUUUUUUAUGUGUGAUUGAUAUCUUGAGGAGAGUGUUUGUUUUGUGAGAACGAGAGCACAUGUUGGCACUUUUUUUUUAUGCAAGUUUGUGUGUUAAAGGACUUGUUUGCAUAUUUGUCUGAUGUCCAAAGCUUCAGCUCCUCACAGAUUCAGCCAUGAAACAGACCAAAACAUCUGAAGCUGAUGUCUCACUGGAGAUUAUUUGACAGUUGCCAAAAUGAUUUACAAACAUAAUCAUUUUAUAGUUUUUUUUAAUUAUUAUUUUAAAUGUAUUUUUAAAACGAGUUUUGUUUUUGUAGAAGGAUUUGUUAUGUGAUAUUGGUGUGUGAACGUGUAAAAUGUACAGAGCAUUUAUAUUUGAUGUGCUUAUUUUAAUGUUAGAUUUGGUGUUUAUUUUACUUAAACCUAAAGCUCAAUUUAUUUUUACUAAUGUGAACGGACCGUGGAAAAACAACUUUAUUAUCUUCUAGGUUCUUACAUGAAAGCAGUUAUAACACUUCCAUAUGGAAUUUCAAAGAGACUGUUGGCUGUAGUUAUUUAUUCAUGACAAUGCAUUCAGUACAAAUACAAAACAUUUACUAAGGAUUAUCUCUGUACUGUAAUUGCCAAACAAAAACACAUUAUCUGCUCUUAAAACUUAAUGCACAUUAUUAUAUUGUAGCAAAUAUUAGGGACAAUAUCUAGCCCAGAAGCUUUAAACUGGUGCAUCAUGGGUUAAAAUUCUACAUAUUACUCUUCCUAGACUUUUUUACACCAUAAACCUAUCAUAAUUUGAUUAAAGCAAAUGGAAACAAAAUGAAGGUGUGGAUUAGAAAAUUUAAUUUUAGAGGCAUUUGAACGGGAUAGCACUUAGAUUUUGGUCUUUGAUGGUAGCUUUACAUGGUUUUUAUUUUGCACUUUUUUUUAAUUCAUGCAUAGUUUAGACAGUAGACACAUCCUAUAAAUUCACUGCUGUAUCUUUUAAGACUUUUCUGUUCUUAGAGCAGUCCUUAAAGAUUAAAAACACUGAUUUGAGGUUUAUUGAUUAUAUUUAAGUACAGUAUCAUCUCUGCUACAGUGGGCAGGUUCUGCAUCAUUCCACACCACUUUUUAGAAAAAGUAGUGACACUAGGCCUACUUCAUAGAAGUUUAAAUGCAGAUUUGAUUUUAAAAAAUGAUCGUUUUUGCACUUUACAUAUUUGGGACUGUCUUUUUUGGCAACUGGCAAAUAAUAUUACGCAUGGUAUUCUUAUUACAGUAUUUGGAGAAAAUAUCAGCUGAUCAGAUCACUAGUGUGUUUGAUACAAGUAAAUCACUUUAAAGUGGGAUACAAAUCUUUAACUGCUGAAUGUUAUGUGGCUAUUUUGUAGUCUUCUUUGUAUAAGGAGAAAAGGCUUGUACUAAACAGUUUUGUACUUUAAUUUUAUAAAAAAAUGAAUUAUUUUUCCAUGUCUUUUCAGUGUUUGGGAUUUUUUCCCCUUUGUAAUUCUGUGAACUUUAAUAAGAGCAUGUACAGUAAUGUUUUUGGGAAAAGCAUGCAUGUCUUUCUACCUUUUGCCUUAACCUCUGUAAAUAAGGUUUAUUUGUACCAACUUCUGCCAGUAAAUACUUCCACCUCCAAA